AUGUGCUCAUCCAAUCAGCGUGUUCGCUGUCUACCGCCCAAUCAGAACGGGGUAAAUCAGACCUGUUUCAUUUCCGAUUGGUGGAAUUGUGACAGUCCUUCAAGUAAUGGAAAACUGAUUUGGCAUCUCAUUUACGCGUCGAUGGCCCGGGCGUAUCUACCGUGGUUGAUUCUUGCCACGGCAGCAUUGUCCGUGGUGUUUCUUGGCGGGAAAAGACGUGCCUUCGGAAUAUUUGUCGCUCAGCUGCAUGCGGAAUAUAAUCAGACAAGCCUAGCUGAACUUAACUGGAUUGGAGACUCCUAUGCGGCUAUAGGUUACCUAACCACGUCAUUGUCCACAUCUGCAAUACUUGCCAGAGGACGCAGAUUCCGGAUAUCACAACUGCUUGGUGCUGUGUGCGUUCUGUUGGCAUGCAUCACGAGCGCAUACGUACCAAAUCCACACUGGCUCUUCCUGACGCACACAAUCCUACAUGGAAUAGGAUCAUCUUUGGUUUUGAGUACCGCCGGACUGGUUGUGAAUGAACAUUUUGAUAAAAAUCACCGGUAUCACAUUCUAGCCACUACAUUAGUGUCUGGUGGUUCUGUUGCAUCCAUCGUAUUUGUAGAAUUCUAUGCUUAUCUCAUCGAAUCAAUGGGGUGGCGAAAUGCGUUUGUCGUUCUUGGAGUGAUCUAUUUCUUCGUGCUCCUGACGGGCACGUGUGUUUUUCAAAAGGAUGCUAGCAAACCGGAUUACAGGAAUGACAAAUAUGCUUUCUUGGGACGGACUCAGUUAUCUUUCCAGAGGAGUUGCCUGCUGAUUCUAUGGUUCAUUGAUCGGAUAUUUACCAGUGUAGUAACAUAUGGGAUGUUAUUGAACCUGGCUGAUUAUAUGUACCGCCGUGAGACAUCUUUGAGUCGCAGUGCAUUAUUAACCACAUUAUUUGCAGCUGGUGAGGCAUCCACGUACGUCAUUGGAGCUGUUGUGACUGGCCUAACACGAGACUUGUUGAAAAACCGCUUACGCUACAUCCUCCUCGUGACUAGUUUGAUAAUGGGAUGUGCUCUGUGUGCAUGGGAAUUCUGGGCAGCGAACGUUGCCCUGAGUCAUUUUCUGGCUUAUUUGUGUGGUUUUUGCCUGGGACCAUCAAUAACCUUCCUAUUUCCUGCAGGUGAAGAACUCACCAUGCUUCCAGGUCAUAUGGCAUAUCCUUUCUCACUUGGUGGGAUGGGUGUUGGCAUGGCCUUGUCCCCUGUUUUAUCUGCUUUGAUAGCACAAAACUUUCAAUAUCGCUGGUUUUUCCUUGUACAAGGUUUACUUAUGUUCAUUAAAUUCGGAUGCAUCUUGUUGUCCACGAUGAUCCUACGCUCUUUGGCGCGUCAAGAAACAAACUAUGUGUGUGCAGAUGGUACCGAAUGUGUGGAGUCAACGGAGGAUGAAGGUUCCGUAGAUUGUGAUUCGGGAAGUAAAAAACUUUUUACAUGGCCCACAUCCAUGAAUUACAAAAGACUGUCAGAAGAUCACCCAGAAAGCCCACUGCAUUCUAGCCGCGCAACUCAAAGUAGCGUAGAACCGGUUACUGUGCCGUCUAAAAACAUACAAUCGCUCAUCAGCACGGAAGCAGGUGUUUGGUCCCACCGCGGCUUCCAUCACCAACGGAUUUCCUCUUCUUUCCAGUCAGAUGAUCAGAAAUAACGAUCCGAACAUGCCUUUGUCAAUCUUUGUCAUAUGCGUACAUUUCGUUUAGUCACAAAUGCGGUACAGUCCAUAAAGGCCCGCAAUUAUGUUUCAAUGCCUCGAUGUCUUCAAACAGAUUCAUCAUUGUGCCUCAAUCAUGAGUCAUCGUCUUCCACUCGGAAAAACUUUGGGUUGGAUUUUUUUGGUGAGUGGUUGAGGUUGUAAUCGUUUUUUGGGAAAUGGAUUUUCCAAUACACAAAUAGAGUACA